AUCCUUUAAUGGCUUCUCUUCUCCGGCCAAUCAUUUGAGCUAAUCUAACACAAGAGAAAGAGUGAGAGAGAGAGAAACUCUGAGAUGGCGAUGCCGCUGGGAGUGGCGACGUAUCUGAUGAGAAUGGUGUGGUUUUCUCUGACCGGUUGGGUAUUCACUUGCUUGUCUAUCGCCGACGAGAUCGCUGGUUCUCUCAGAAACGGAGAUAUUGGUCCUUUUCAUGUCGGAUGAUCGAUUCGAGAUUCCUUUACUCUCCUUUAUUUGCCUAAUUACAUUAGCGUUGGCUUAAACAGUUCAAGAGUUUCCGACAUAUACAAUGCCGACAUAAGUCUUAGCUAUUUAAGUUCAGUUAACAAAACUUUACUUGAGGUCAAGUCAUGUUUUACCAUCCCAAGAUCACCUUUAAGUAUCCUUUUUUUUUUUUUCUCCUUGGCUUACCACUCAUUUCAUUGUAGGCAGAAUAAACACGUUUUGCAUUCAGUCAGGCCUUUAUGAUUUCACGAAGGGCAUGUUCUACUCUGCAAUCAAUCUGCAGAGAACACGAGCGCACGCCAUUUGAACUGCUAUCAAAUCUUCUCUCAGUCAAGGUUCUAAGUAUCAAACAUUUUGAGAGAGAGAGAGAGAGAUAUCAUAAGACAGCAGAGCAUAGCAGAUAGCUGCGGUAUAUAUUUCUCUGUAUAGUAUAUGUAGAAUUCCAGACUAUAAUUGACCUCAUACUUGUGAUAAAUAAUUGAGCUUUUUUAUUUCAAAGU